AUGUACAUUAUUCACCGAGGAAUCAAGAAAGUGAAUGAAUUUCUACCUGUUACAAAUCACUGGCUAAUUUUGUUCGCUUCGAUCCCAGUGGCCUUAUCAACGGGAACAAUCUUCGUUUAUUCGGUUUACAGUACAGAAUUAGCGCAACGAUGCCAGUUAGAUGCUUCGCAGACAGGAAGUUUGAACAUAAGUGCUACGAUUGGAACGGCAUUUGGGGGGUUAUUAGGAGGGCUAAUCACAGAUACUUAUGGAACACAGUUGCCUAUACUUGUUAGUUGUGUCAGUAUUUCGCUCGGGUAUAAAUGGUUGUAUGAUUCGUACAGACUGGGACCAAAUAGUAAUAUGGUUUUGUUGCUUUUUUCCAUGUUUUUGGUGGGGGUUGGGUCUGUAUCUGGAUAUUUCAGUGCAAUUAAGGCGGUGACGUUAAAUUUUCCUAAUUACAAAAGUUCUGCUCAGAGCGUAACCAUUGCAUCCUUUGCGAUUUCGAGUUUGUUGUUUCUGUUCAUCUCUUCUAGGGUUUUAAAAGGGGAUAUAGGGGCCUUUUUGUAUUUCAUGCAUGUUGCGUGUGGCUUGCUAAUCAUGUUAGGAUUUCUAUUCAUUAGAGUGGAUGGGCAUUUUGACGAUAAAAAACAGUACCAUGAAGGCCAGGUAGAAUGUGAUGAAAUGACUGGGUUGCUAAUCUCGAACCAAUCAGAAUGUGAAGAUAAUUCCGAUUAUUUGGAGGACAAUAAAGAUUUAAAAUCUAUGUCGUUGAAGAAGUCAUUAGUGCAUCCCAUAUUUUGGUAUCACUAUUUUAUACUCUCGCUCAUUCAAGGCUUCGGUCAAAUGUAUAUCUAUUCUAUUGGAUUCAUUUUAAAGGCUAUACAUUAUUAUUACGAUAAUGAAGUAUCACAAAAAUCUGGCACUUCUUCAUUACAAUCACACCAAGCCUUACAUGUUUCCUUGAUUGCAAUAAGCUCCUUCAUUGGCAGAUUAUCAUCGGGACCUCAAUCCGACUUUUUAGUUAGAAAACUUCAUUGUCAAAGGCAUUGGAUUUUGAUCCUAGGAUUAUCCUUGAUGUUUGCUGGCCAUUCCAUAAACUGUAUUGACUUGACUUACCUUUGUUCUGAUUUACGUCGGGCUAACAAAAUACUACUGUUGGCCUCUUGUAUUAUUGGAUAUGCUUACGGGUUUAGCUUCACUUGCUAUCCUGCGAUAAUUUCGGAUUUAUUUAAUAUGCGUAACUAUAGUUUCCUUUGGGGCACUAUGUAUACGAGUACUACAUUUGGUCUAGCUUUAAUGACGACUAUAUUUGGUUACUAUUACGAUUUAAAUAGUACCGAAUGGGAUCAUCAUGUUGAAAAAUAUGUUUGCGACAAAGGAUCAGGCUGCUAUAAAUCAACUUUUCAGAUAACAUCAGGGUUAUGUGUAUUCACAGCUAUAUUGGUUUUGGGUUAUAUUUAUACAAAGAGGUCUAAUAAGCCACCUAUUACACUAUAA